CAGAACAGCAAACAGUAGCUCACGCAAUUGAAGAACAAUGGAGAAUGUAAUGUACCUGCAACUCCAUAACCAUAAUAUCCCUUUUAAAUAUAACUUUUUCUCCAAAGCCCUAACCACAAAACCCAUAACUUAUUCUCUCCAUAAUUCAACCAAACACACAACUCUUCUCGUUGAGACCUACCAUCAACACCAAGCACUCAAAUCCUUGAUUCAGAGGCUCAAUAAUAAACGUUCUUGCCCCUUGAAAAUCCUUCAACAUGACGGAGAUUGGACCAAACCUCACUUCUGGGCUGUUAUCCGCUUCCUUCAAACUUCCUCUAGGUCCACUUUAAUUUCCCAGGUGUUUGAUAUGUGGAAGAAUGUGGAGAAGUCACGCAUUAAUGAAUCAAACUAUGAAAAGAUUAUUGGGUUGUUAUGUGAAGAGGGUUUGACAGAAGAAGCUGUAUGUGCUCUUGAAGAAAUGAAGCAUAAUGGUCUUAAACCUUCUUUAAAGAUUUACAAUUCAAUAAUUCAUGGUUAUUCUAGAAGCAGCAAGUUCGAAGAUGCUUUGUUUUUCCUUCACGAGAUGAAGGGAAUUGGUUUGAAACCUAAAACUAAUACCUAUGAUGGUCUUAUUCAAUCUUAUGGAAAAUAUAAAAUGUAUAGUAAGAUUGAUAUGUGUUUGAAGGAGAUGAAAUAAGAUGGGUGUUCACCUGAUCAGGUUACUUAUAAUUUGCUUAUUCGGGAGUUUGCGCGAGGUGGUCUGCUCAAAAGAAUGGAAGGGGCAUAUAAAAGUCUGCGUUCAAAAAGAAUGCAUUUUGAUUCAUCUACUUUGGUUGCAGUGCUUGAAGCUUAUACUAACUUUGGGACCUUGAAAGAUAUGGAGAAGGUUUAUAAAAGUUUACUGAAAUCAAAUGCUUUUCUAAAGGAGGAUUUGAUUAGGAACCUAGCUGAGGUUUAUAUUAAAAACCAUAUGUUUUCGAGAUUAGAUGAUUUGGGGGAUGAUCUUGCUUCAAGAACGGGUAGGACUGACCUUGUCUGGUGUUUGCGCAUCCUUUCUCAUGCUUGUCUUUUGAGUCGAAGAGGCAUGGAGCUUGUUGUCCAGGAGAUGGAAGAUGCUAGGGUUCCAUGGAAUGUAUCGAUUGCAAAUAUUAUCUUGUUUUCUCAUUUAAAAAUGAAAGAUUUCAUGCACUUGAAACUCUUAUUCUCUGAACUACCAAAACUUGGUGUGAAACCAGAUAUAGUUACCUUCGGGAUACUAUUUGAUGCAAGAAGGUUUGGCUUUGAUGAGACUAGGAUUUUAGUAGUGUGGAGAAGGAUAGGCCUCCUUGAUGAAUCUGUUCAAAUAGACACAGAUCCUCUGGUUCUUACUGCAUACGGAAAAGGGAACUUCCUUAAAAGUUUUGAAGAGGUGUAUGCGUUGCUUAAUCCUAAUGCUAGAGAAAAGAAGUGGACGUAUCGGAGUCUAAUUGAUUUACUGGUGAAACAAAAUGCACAGCUGCUUCAAUACUAAGGCUUUGAAUGAUGCCCAGAAACUAUGGCUUACAAGAUUCAGUAAUACUAGGUUUACACCACUUUCUCACGGCGGUUGCCACAUCGUCUGCCACAUCAACAAAAUGCCAUGUCAUCUCCCCCCAAAUUAAAAAAAACCCAAAAUUUCAGUUCUCAAUUUACCUAAAACAAACCCCAAAUCGAAUCUCAGUUUCCCCAAAAUACAAACACUAAAAUCUCUCCCCAAAUUUCCUUUCAAGAUUAGCGAACUUGAUUCUUUUCGAAGCCCACCACCGUUUCCUUCUCUUUGUUUCCUCCAAUUGCAUCCCCAACGAGCGCUGCACCUGUAACGUGAUUAUUUCCCGCUUGCUGGGUUCCAAAACGCCGCAAAAGAUGUUGAAGGUUAGGCGUUGUUUGUAUGAUUUUAAGCUCGAGUGUGUGUCUUCUUUGGGGAAUUAGAAUGUUUAACCAUUAAUGAAGAAGGCAGGGAUUCAAUGAAGAAAGAAAUCAAUGAUUUUAAGCCCGAGUGUGUGUCAACAUGAAUUUUGGCUCAGUAGCCAUAGGAUUUAGCUCUUGUAGCUUUAUCAAUUUGAAAGGGAAUUCCAAUACCUUGAGAUAAUGACUUUAAUUUUAUUAAAGUUUUUCCCUUUUACUUGCGUAAAUUUGGUCAAAGUUUUUUGUUUUUUUAGUGAGAAUAAUUGAUUUUUGAUAUGUGGGUAUGUAGAACCGAAGUUGAAGGUUUCUUUUCUUCGCUGUGCUGUAAGGGUUCAAACUUUUUCAGCCUGCCCAAAACUCAAGGUCGACUGCUCUCCCCUAAGGUAUUCUUAAGACCAAUUGUAUCAUUUUAGCUGUAAUCUAUUAUCUGGCGUUAAGAGUAACUUUCCUCUUAAUGUAGUGUAACCAUGACUCAUCUCUCGACUUAUCCGAAUUCCAUUCAUUUU